CAGCUGUGGUGGGCUGUGUAUACAUUCAGCCGCUGGGUGUCUUCACUCUGUGGCUCCUCUGUACACAAGGAGGAGAGGCUAGAGUGUGGGCUGGUCUGCCCGUGUUUUCCGGAAGAGAGGGUGUGAAACAUGGGACACAUCUCAGGUCCAGCAGCUGAUCCUGGCACACAUGUAGCAGCGUGUGUGGAUGCGUUUCUGUCAGUGUUGUGUCAAUAAUCGGCUGCACACGAACAGAGUGAGUCAAACUGGCACCGCGCGUCCAAACGGGACAUCCCUCUCGAUCCCUUUGACUGGAACACGCUCACACAGGGGGGGUGGGCUCAGAUACGCCCGAGCACUCAUUUGGAAACUGGUCUCUGUGCUGUCCAAAACUCUUCCUCGAACCCUGACACCAGCUUUUUCCUCGACGGCCACUUGUCACAGUGGAUUCCCUUGGGAAACCUGUAGACAUCAGCCACAGUCUUGCCUCCUUUCCAGCUUUAGUGAGACCCUGAACAUCGUGCUCACAGGCUGGCCCGGGUCACGUUGAUGCUGGUGGGCAACCCCCAGUACUCUCCCCGCCACCUGCUCCUGCACCGCUCCCAUCUCCCCACCCGCCAUGGCUACAAGCAGUGACCCUGGCUGUGAGAGGCUGGACCCUGACUCUGACAAACAGACCAGCGGUCUCACAGACAUCAUGGCUGCCAUGACGACCAACGACUCGGACAGCUCAGCUGCCAACGGCGUGAGGAACGGUGGGGCAAAGCAGGACGGGGCUCAGGCCAAGAGGACUCAUCCGCUGCGGCCUCACCUGACUGGAAGGAAGUUGUCGUUGCAGGAGAGAGGUACUUACCUGUCGUCAGGCACUGGAGGAGGCUACACACACAUCUCCCCCCGUGUGGCUCGCAGGCCCACAGUGGAGUCAAAACGGGUCUCUAUUUCAGACUCUCAGGACUGUAUCCAGUUAAACCAGUAUAAGCUGAAGAGUGAGAUUGGAAAGGGUUCCUAUGGUGUGGUCAAACUUGCCUACAAUGAGGAUGAUGAUAAACAUUAUGCCAUGAAGUUGGUGUCCAAGAAGAAGCUAAUGAAGCAGUGUGGAUUUCCACGCCGCCCACCCCCAAGAGGACCCAAGGCAGCCCAAGGAGAGCAGCCCAAAAUCUUAGGACCCCUGGAGAGGGUCUACCAAGAGAUUGCCAUUCUUAAAAAACUGGAUCACAUCAACAUUGUCAAGCUGGUGGAGGUGCUGGAUGAUCCUGCAGAGGACAACCUUCACAUGGUGUUUGAGCUGAUGCGUAAGGGUCCAGUGAUGGAGGUACCCACAGGCAAUCCUUUUUCAGAGGAGCAGGCGAGGUUAUACUUCAGAGACAUCAUCCUUGGCAUAGAGUACUUGCACUACCAGAAGAUUGUCCACCGGGACAUCAAGCCUUCCAACCUGUUACUGGGGGAUGACGGCCACGUGAAGAUCGCGGACUUUGGGGUCAGCAACCAGUUUGAGGGAAACGACGCUUUGCUGUCCAGCACAGCGGGAACUCCUGCCUUUAUGGCACCAGAGACCCUGUCAGAUCAGCGCAAGAGCUUCAGCGGAAAAGCUCUGGACGUGUGGGCCAUGGGAGUAACUCUCUACUGUUUCGUCUUUGGGAAGUGCCCAUUUAUUGACGAGUACAUACUGGCUUUGCACAACAAGAUCAGGACGAAGCCUGUGGAUUUCCCAGAAACACCAAAGAUCAGUGAAGAACUGCGGACUCUGAUCUUACGGAUGCUGGAUAAGAACCCGGACACCAGGAUCACCAUCCCUGAGAUCAAGAUGGACCAGUGGGUGACGCAGGGAGGCACCGACCCUUUGCCUCUGGAGGAGGAGCACUGCUCUGCGGUGGAGGUGACAGAGGAGGACAUCCAGAACUCGGUCAAGUUUGUUCCCAGCCUCUCUGCAGUGAUCUUGGUAAAAGCCAUGCUGAGGAAGCGCUCCUUCAGUAACCCCUUUGAAUGUCCAAGCAGGAGGGAGGAGAGGUCCAUGUCUGCACCUGGCAGCCUGCUCAUAAAGGGCAGCACAGGAGAUGGCCCCAGAGAAGGAGAGCUGGAGGACCUGCAUGAAGACGAGCCCUCCUCUUGAGUCUCUCAUCAACAGAGCUUUGUCUUAAAUUCCAUCCUCUUUACAUCCUUUUGCUUGAACCGUUUCAUCGUGCUCACCCUUUCAUCCACACAUUCCCCUCAAAGCAGCGACACACUACAGACUUCUGUACAUUGAGGGAGGAAACUCUCAAGGUUUGGAAUCUGAUCCGCUGCUUGUGUUAACGUUCAGAUUUGUUCGCUCAGGCUUUUGCUUCCAGUCUAUCCUUUCUUACCCACAUUUUCCCCGAAACGUCUCCUUCCCUGCAGAGUUUGUGGGCACUAAGUUUGAUCUGCAGGGCUGCUUGUUGUACCUGCUCAUCCACUUAAUGUUGUGACUGGCAUCAGUGAAGAGAUAAGAGAUAAGAGGAACUGACUGUUUUCUGGAUCAGUAACAGUCAGUUAUUGUUGCAGGAGAAGAGUUUGUCAGCUUGCAUUACACUGUAAUGUGGGAAAAAAACAGUCAAACUGAUUUUUUUUUUCUUUUUUUUUUUUUUUUAAACCGUGUGCAUGGUGAAUAGUUGUGGCUCAUCAUCAGGCUGUCCACAGCCACCUGUCACAGUCAUAGCCAGUCUGAUGAAAUGAAAAGAAACUCCUCUUCAUUACUCAUCACAGACUUCAGCAUGUAUAUGACACUAUAUUGUCUCUUCAGUAAAGUACAGGGCUUUUGAUUUCUGAUCAGUGAUCAGUCGUUUUAUUAUUGUACAUAGACGUCUUGAGGUAUCUUCAGCAUUAUCGUCUCACAGUCCUCUUGUGUAUGUGCCAUGAGCAGCUUUUAUUUUGAAGCGAGGUUAUAAAGGUUGAAUUCCUUCCUCUGCUGCCAUCACAGUCGUGGUUGAACUUCUCUGACAGGAGGGACAGGAAGUCCGCCGUCUGGCAGUGAUCGCACAGAAAGCACAGUGGCUUUGCAUUGCUUAAAAGUGACUUUCCUACUGUGUGGUGUGUAAUUAUUUUUUUGUUCGGAGUCUUUUCACGCUUCUUCUUCUACUGUUAUGUGUUGUUUAUAUGGAGAUUUUGGUUUUCUAACGCUGUCUCUUUCCCUCCAUAUCAUACUGUGCUGUUUGGUUCGACGUGAAGCCUUUUGAAGUACAUGUUGUUUGAUGGUCAGUGUGAACUGACUGAAAAAAAGGACUAUAAACUACUCAGACCGCCUGUACUUCAGUUUAUCCCAAAUUAGAACUUAUUAUUAACAUUCUUGGAUGCAGAGCUGAUUUAAAGGCAUAAAUAAUCUUAUUGUCCAUGUUAAACAUCAGUGAGCACUCUUGCAGCUGAAAUUGAAUCAGCUUAUACAGCAGCGUUAUCCAGGCGAAAGGACUGUACACAAAUUAUUUAGGUGGAAGCCGAGGUCAGAAGGGGGUCAGGGUUAUGUAUGUUUUUUUUGUUUUUUUUUUGAGAGCACAGGGAAGGGUCUUAUUUUAUCAUUCCUUAGUGGGAUUGAAAAAAAAGGGGGAAUUAAAUAGUUGUGAAUGAUGGUUCUGGCGUACAUAGUGGGUCCAAAUCCUGUCAACAAUCCUGUCUCUAGAUUUACUAGCUAAAUGUCAAAUAUAAAAUUGGUGUUAGAGGCUACUGUUGAAUAUAUUAAGGUUAAAGUGACAUAAUCUUAAAUGCAUUAUGCUUUGCCUCUUUUAGUUAUUGAUGGUUGAACAAGUUGUACCAACUAAGUAUUAUACAUAUUUUUUUAGGGGGAAAGGUGGUGCAGUUUUGUUUUUGUUUUUUCUAAGUCAAGGUUAGGGUCCAAAUAAUAUAUUAAUGCUGAAGAGGCUCAUGAAAUUUUAAGAUUUAACCUCCGUCCCCUAGUAAUUUUUUCACAGUCCCUAAUUAUUUUUGCCUGGCUGAUCUUUUGAGGUCGUAACUAGCCAUGCAAGCUUAUAUCUUAUAGAGCUGGGUAAUGUUGGGAAUGAACAUUUUUUUGUGAUGUGAGUCCCUUCUUUACCAUUCAAGGUGGUUAGCUAAGUUAAAAAAAAAAAAAAAAAAUUAUGGAAAUCAUUGUUUUGUUCUGCCGGCUGAACUCAGUGAGAACAUCUCUGCCUCCACAGCAGCUCUGCGUCAGAUAAAUAUUUAUAUAACUCCAUUUGGAUUCCUUCCUGCUCUUUCGCUGGCCUGGCACAUUGAACAAGAAAGCAUGUUUUGCUGGCCAAGUGCUCUGAUCACUUGAACCGAAGUGAAAAGGAGCAUUUCAAUGUCAUGAUUAGGCGCAGGCUGCAAACAACAACAACAACAGAUCCCACAUCCACUUCAGUGCCCUCCCCAGUGUGGCUGAUUAGAGACAGAGAGUGCAGUGCUUUGCAUUUCCUCUAUUAAUCUUGCCCUUGGUAUCCUCCAGUGAAGGACACUAACUGAAGCACAAAGGAUGGAGAGAGCUUGGUGGAGUCUGAAUGGAAAAGUAUAUGACAUGUAGUGACUGAGCCUCUGUGUUUAGGGCUUUAUGUUCACAGAAGCAGGGAAAUAAAAUCAGUACUGGAGAAUGUAGAUCUAUAUCUAUCUAUAUAUAUUUUUUUUAUUUUAUUGUUCAGGAAAACAGUUGGUUCGGUUUGAUCGGUUUGUACAGGAUAUAUGAAUAUGAUAAAUGAAUCUGUAUGUCUGUCUAAAAUGUCUGUGUGUGCAGUUUAAAAUUAAGGGUUGUGGUUGAUGACGCUUCUCUUCUGUUUUUGUCCUUCUCUGUGUUCAGGGUGAUGUAAGUGAAAGUAAGUACUGAGGUCUGUUUGUAGGGUAACCUUCAAUGAAGGGCUGAUUCAACCAAAAAAUAUGAAAUGCUGUCUUGUAUUUUAUUUGCUUUAAAGCUAUGUGACACUCAUUCUUGUAAGAAUUAAUUUUUAAUCCAGGUGUUGCCAGCUUUACAUUGGUGUGCUUGUACAGAUGUUUUGUCAGUGUCAGAGGUGCAAUAUUGUUGUGGUCUUAAUCAUCAGUGCAUUAUUGGCUCAUUCCCCUGCUGUUACAGCGCUCAUGCCAAUCAUCCUUAUGUGUGUGUGUGUGUGUGUUUUAGCUGUCCUUGUUCAAAGUUAAGCUAAAACGUUGCUUAUAUUUAAAUAUUUGCACUUUUCCACUUACAAAUGCAUAUUAAAAUUAUUGUGAUUACAUGUAACACUGCUGGUGCCUACCAGCCAUGACACAUUGUACAGUUUAUGAUCAAGAGAAAAACUGUGGUUCACCUUUAAAAGACCAUAUUUACUGUGUAUCGGUUUGUUCUCAUAAGCUCCUGUGCUUUUUGGUGCAUUGCUCUGCUGUCGAUCUGCAUGUCACAGCGAUGCUGCCUGGUUUUUGAGAUUUUUUUUUUUUACUAAUGACACUCAAAUAUGUUUUCCAGUAAUUUAUUCUCCUACCUGUCUUAAAAUGCUGUAGCAGCUGCAGCAACAUGAUUGGUUUUGAAUAGCUGUUUCUGUUGUGCAUAUCUAUAUGAUUACAGAAUUGUGAAUGUGGUUUAACUGAGUUUUACUGCUGAAAGGAUAAAACACUGUAAAUCCCAUCAUAUGAACCAAGUUCAGUGCAUAGGAGCAGCCUGGUCUUUUUUUAUGUAUCCAGACAACAGUUAUUUAAUAGUUAGCUAUUUUAUAUUAAUUAUUUCAAAGAUUAUGAAUAGGCCUAACACUAUUUUGUGGAAAAUUAGACAGUGGGCUAAUAAAGAACUGUUUCAUUUUUGGUGCAGAAAACAUCACCACUUAUAAACCUUUUAUGUUUUUGUGUUUUUCAUUUGUUAUUCCUGAACUGAGUAUAUGUGCAAAUAAGUGCAAACAUUUGUUUGUUUGUUUUUCCUGGAUUCCAUAGUCCAACGUGUCAGUCAAUCCACAUAGGCCACACUGAUUUCCACCUACAGAUAUGUCCCACCAUUGUGAUUUAUUUAUUUAUUUAUUUUUACACCACCACUCUUCCCACUGAUUUUUUACCUCACUAAAUUGUGUGUAACGUAUCUGAUUGAACCUUAACAUUUUCAGCAAAACAAAAGUUCAUUAAGAAAAUGGUUUUCUGAGUUUUCCAUAGGUUUUGUCAUACCUCUUGAAAACAUCAAGCAGUUGCAACCGGCUUUAUACUGUUUCAACUGUAUCAACCCGCUGAUUGAACCUGUUUAAUUGUUUGCCUGGUGGUGGCACUACAGCACAGCACAUGAAUUUAAAUGGCCAUAACGUAGUGGUCACCUAUAUGAUUAUUUUGAAACACAGGACAGUUCAUCCUUGUAGGAAGCCCUGAUACUUCCACAUUUUGGGGUUUCUCCAAAACUCAAGCAUUUCCCAUUAUGAUUUGCUGCAGGUGUCUGAGUGCAGAAUACAGGCUUAAAAUGUACUGCACUGUGCAGCCUUGGCAGAGGUUGCACUCUCAAAAUUCUUUCUAGCUUAGUACUGUUACAGCAGUGAAACACAAGAAAAAUCAUUGGGUGCAGUUUCUACAGUGGCAGCACAGGAAAUGACUGACAGGACUAAUUUCUCUUGAUUUCAGGUUGUUAUUAUAUCCAAAGGAGAGAGAGUGUGGGAGAGCGAGUCUGUACAUAAUAAUGAAGUCAGGGACGAGUCGAAUCGCUGCCGUGUAUCUUAUGUGACUGUCCUGACACGUGUGUUGAAGGUGCCUGCUGUCUCUGUGUUUCUAGAUGUCAGUUCAGUGUUGUUUUGUGCAUUUCUCUGAAUGUACUCACUGGCCUGCAUAAGUCGCUCAUAUAAAAACAGAUGCAUGGCACGUCCCUAUAGAAUGCAGUUGUUACAAUGUAAAUAUGUACCAAUAUAUAUAAAGAAGCUAUUUUUUGCAUGCUUUUUGUACACAGCUACAAAUAAUCAGAGACAAUAAAAAAAAAAAGAAAAUUUGAAUCCUUUUGAUAUUUUUCCUGUAUUCCUGUUUGACUGCUU